UUUUUUUAAUAAAGCGAUAAUUAUUAAUUGAUAAAUUAAUAUUUGAAUGAAUGUGGACAAUACUAAUUAAACCGCAGUCGUCAUUAUCAGAAUUUUUGAUUCCGCUUAUUGUGAUAUUAUUAUUUUUUUUCAACCUCCUAAUAUUCAAUCACGUGAAAGAAGAUGCAUCUUCGAACGCAGCGGCGCAGCAUGUAACUUUGAAUUUAAUAUUUAUACUAUUUUUAUUGUUAAUACUAUAUUUUCAUAUAAUUCCGAAUGUCAUUAAAAUUCCAAAAAAUUAUUACUUAGCUUCUCUAUCUGCAAUUGUAUAUUGUAAGAUAUUCAGAUAAGCGAACUCAACCUUUAAAUUGUUACCUGUUACAAAAUUUGAAAAUCC